UGCGAGCUAUCCAUGGUGUACGGCGGGAUGGGGCUCAGGUACAUGUACCCCUGCAUCACCAUGGGGAGAUCACCAGGGCCUCUGGUGCCAUCGAUCUCUUCUACGGCGCACACCUUAUCUUCUCCCUCCAGACCCAACUCUCCACCGGCCGUGCUUGCCUGCACUGCUCAUGGCCGGUAUGCGUUCGCGCCCGCACAGAGCAUCUGGAGUUCUGGCACGACGAACGGGGGAAAGAAGCAGCCAGCAUCGCUCGCCCAAAUCCGGGGAGCACUUGAUGUCCGGCCGUCACAUCCCCGGUCAUGUUCUGGUUUUCCUCUCUUCGCCUCGGUGUCCAUGUCCAAGCGCACUCGCCUCGGCCAGCAAUGGUGCCGAGUUCCUUCUGUCCAAGCCACACGUUUCCCUCAUAUCCGUCGCGCCCAGGAUCAUUUUGGUAUGCCUGUCGUUUUCCUGGCUCUCCUCACGCCGAUGGUCGCUGCUCCCCAACGUGCCGAAACGUGCCGAGCUCCUCACUGUCGUGCGUCGCUACGGGCUUGCUUCCGGACGCAGCUGUCUCCAUCACUUGCGUCAGCUCGCUAGCCCAGCAGCUCUUUACGCCACCAUCUUAUAUUGCUGUCGAUCCUACCGUCAAACGUUGUGUGUGGCGUCAUCAUUGUCCCUGUCCACUCGUUUAGGUUCUCGCCGUGCCAUGGCCGCACGGGAAGGCUGGCAGGGGUUGGCCAUGGUAGUCAGGCACUGCUAUUUUCGUGUGCCACGCUAUGGCCGCACCCCCUUCCAUGCUGUUGUGUCGUGGUUGUCCCCGUCUCCUUUGUCGUGCAUUUUCAACUUCAAGCACUGCUUGCAGCAUCGUCGAUGUCGCGCCUUCUUUAUACUUGACGCGUCAAACUCCUUCCCGUCGUGUGCCACUUGUCCGGUUAAAUGUGAGACUUGGCCGUCGACACGCUGGCCGUCUCUUGGGAUUCAACGUCGUCAUCGCUUCAGCCGCCAGAUGCUCGAUGAAACGCUUGACCUUCGGAACUGUCAUCAUUCCAACAGCUUCGCCGUGUCUUGCGUCCCCGCUGGUGAGACUCGCAGUCCUCGCUCUGUUUAAUUUCUCAUCAGACGCCGAUGUGGCUAGCUGUGGAUUUAUGUGUGUACUAGGUGAGUGUCCGUGCGUUGCAACAGAGACAUAUAAUACAUAAGUUACCGUGAUAUUAUAUGUCCCCGUUGCAACGCAUGGGCACUCAUCUAGUAAAUAAAAAAAUGCAGCUUUAGGGUGCCCUGGAGGCCUGGAGUGAUCCAGAGAGGUAUUUAAAGAAUAAUAAGUAAUCAUAAUGUCAAAUUAGUCCUACUACGACCAACAUCUCCUUUCUCUACGAAACUGGAAUACACGCAUGAACCAGCUAAUUUUAUGGCACUAAUGUAACAAUAAACAAGGUGGCAACAGAUCGCAACACCAGCAUUCAACCACAGAUGGGUUCUGCUAAGUCAGCUUGACAUCAUGUAUCUGCUCAAAUGAAAUCCUAUUUCCUCAACAGAACUGACAUAAA